UAUUUGGGGGGGAACGUCUGUCAGCCGCGCGAGCGGCGGGCGGUAGGAAUAGCUGCUGCACAAGGGACACCGGAAGUACGGCUCCGGCAAUAGGCAAUGAUGGCGGACGUCCCAAAUAACGCACCAGCACAUUGUCCAGGAACAGACAGUGAUAAUGCCGGUAAAGUUUCAGCCUGCCAGGGUUGUCCUAAUCAAGCUUUAUGUGCUUCGGGUGCUGCAAAAGCUCCAGAUCCAGCCAUUCAGGAGAUUAAGGAGAAGAUGGCAUCUGUUAAACAUAAAAUCCUGGUUUUAUCUGGAAAAGGAGGUGUUGGCAAGAGCACUUUCAGUGCACACUUAGCUCAUGGGAUAGCGAGUGAUGACACUAAGCAGGUUGCCCUUCUGGAUGUUGACAUGUGCGGCCCGUCCAUUCCAAAAAUAAUGGGAGUGGAAGGUGAACAGGUACAUCAGAGUGGGUCAGGAUGGUCUCCUGUGUAUGUGGAAGAAAAUCUGGGUGUAAUGUCAGUAGGAUUUUUGCUCAGCAGCCUUGAUGAUGCUGUCAUCUGGAGGGGGCCAAAGAAAAAUGGUCUAAUCAAGCAGUUUCUACGAGAUGUGGACUGGGGUGAAGUAGACUACCUUAUUGUUGAUACACCGCCUGGCACCUCAGAUGAACAUCUUUCUAUUGUACAGUACCUGAGUGCUACACGAGUAGAUGGAGCUGUGAUUAUUACCACUCCACAGGAAGUGUCACUUCAGGACGUGAGAAAGGAAAUCAACUUCUGUCGGAAAGUGAAGUUGCCAAUAAUAGGAGUUGUGGAAAAUAUGAGUGGCUUUGUGUGUCCAAAGUGCCAGCAUGAAUCUCAAAUUUUUCCACCAACCACAGGAGGUGCCAUGAAGAUGUGCAAGGAUUUAAGCAUUCCCUUUCUUGGUAAAGUGCCCUUGGAUCCCAGGAUAGGAAAGAGUUGUGAUGAAGGCAAGUCAUUUUUGACAGAAAUUCCAGGUUCUUCUGCAUCUAUCGCCUACAACGAUAUUGUUCAGCGAAUCCAGGAACACUGUGCCACUCAUAGCCCUGAAUUAGAAACAACUGCCUAAAGUGUGUCCAAGGAAAUUCUCUGAGAUCUGCUGAACAAAUUUAGUCAGUGGAGGAAACUGCUGCUGAAGUUUACCGACCUCAUUCUGACUGCAUACUUUCAAUCUUUGUUGGUAAUCUCUGAAAUUCAAGAACUGCUGUUUGCUAUCUGGGCUCUAUCCUGUACUCAAUGAAGUUUUAAUUUUAGAUUUCAGUUAAAAUGGCUUUGAUGGAACAGAACCAUGACUGUAAAGAUUUGUAGUAAAGGGUCUGGUUACACUUGUUGCACCACUAGGCAAGAUAACACAGGGGAGAUAUAACAUUUGUGACUGAGUAGUUUGAUUAGGAUGGGAAGAGGAGUUAAAUAUAGGAAAUAUUUCCCUGUUUGGCUGUACUUCAAUAUAUGAUGGAGAGAGGGCCAGGACAAUUGAAGGAAAAAGAGUUGUUCUCAUGGCUGCCAAGUCGUAAUGCUCUUACUGGAGACAAAGCAAUCAGAGCACCAUACCAGGUAUUUGACUAGGUCAGUAGGAAUUCAAUACCCAUUUAUUUACAAAUGUGAAAGUUCUAAAAUGUAUUCUGCUGUUUCUUGUGUAACACAGAAAUUUCACUCCUGUGCUUUCUGGUAGUUUUGUUACUAACUAUACGUUGAGAGAAAAAGACCAUUAAUAUCUGCCUUCUCCUAGUUGCUCUCAGAUUACAGUGAGAUAUUAUCUUCACAUUUAAAUCGGUAUUUCAAAUUUCUGUCACUAGUAAUUUUUGAUACAAAUAUUUUGUAUUGCUGCCGAGUCUCUAUGACUAUGAUAAGUUUAUACUACUUCUAAAGGUGGUCUAAUUUGAACCGAAAGGAAGACACUGGGCUCCUUCAACCUCUACCAAGGAAAGCUACUUUACUCACCUGGACUAUUGUAGUGGUUUGUUUGUUUUGAAACUGCCAGUAUACUUUUUAGGAAAUUGUCAUACCAUGCAGAGCUUUCCAAAUGUCAAUGCUAAAUAUUGUUUAACUGGCUAAUAAAAUGUCGAUACCUCAAGUCAAAGCAGUUCAGCCAAAUAAUUCUGCAUUGUUACAAUGGAAAUAAUUCAGUUAAUAAUGUUUCCAAGACCCCCCCUCCUUUAUCCUCCUCACUAUUUUCAGCUGCUUUCGCUUUGAGCAAACAAAAGAGUUGAUUGGGCUGAAGCACAAACCUUUGAUUUUGUGUAUUGUGUCUAUGUAUAGAUUGUAAUAUAUAUAAGGAUCAGUUAGCCUGUGAUCUGACAGAUUAAGUGGGUGCAAAAGUCUGUAUUCCACCCCCAAGGAUACAUGACAUAGCUGGAUUCUGACCAAGCUUGUUAACAUUUUGUAAAAUCAGAAGAGUAAUCAUGUAAAGUAAUUUAUUAUACAUUGAAAUUGUAUGUUGACAUUUUAAUAAACCUGACCUCAAAAGGUGAGCAAGGCACUGUACUUUCAGAACAAAGUGUUUUCCAAAAUUUACAACAUAAAUAAACUAUCUUUAGCUUA